AUGGAUCUCAAAGACUUCACAGCUCCUUUACUGUCUCAAUUAGGUAGCAUGACCUCUGUAGCUCCGACUCUCCCUGAGGAAAAGACAGAAAUGACAAUGCUAGAAGCAACAGCUGAGAUUGAAGGCAUGAUUUCUGAUUCUUUAGCUAAAUCUAUAAGUACAGCUGACGAAAUCCUUCAAUUCAGAGUUUCAAAAGAUGAAAAUCUUUUUGUGAUUUUGACAGAAAGCCACCUUGUUACUUAUGAUGGAAGCUUUAAAGGCCGCCACUCCAAAAAAAUCACUGAAAUUCAGCCAAAAUUUUUAGAACUGUUCAAUGAGGAUAAGAAUGCAAUUUUAGGAAGGCCUGGAGAGACCAAAAUAUUUAUUUAUGACCUAGCAACGCUAAAGUUCGUAAAAUCAGUUGACACUCACAAAUCAAAAAUCAAUAAAAUGUUCAUGAUGCCUGACCAAUUGUCAUUACUUACACUAAUGGAUAGUGAAGUGCUCAGGUGGGAUGUGUCAAGUUUUGAUAGAAUUAAAGUAAAAAGCUUUGUCGCAGAAUCAUAUGACCGAGCUUUCAUUUCUUCUAAUUCUUUACAUGUCGGGUUUACUAAGAAAACAGGAAAUGACUUUUAUGUUCAUUCAAUAGAAAAUAAACAGUUAUUGUGCUCAGAAAAUAUGGGUUUAAGGAUUGGACAGGUAAGUUUUGCACCGUCUGGGAAUUUUGUAGCGAUUUCUUCAGCGAAAGUUAUUAAAUUGAAGAAUUUGAAUAAUUUACAAGAUUUUCGAGCUCCUAUAGAGCUGGAGGAAGCUAUUAUAACUCUAAAUAUUGCAAAAACUGAAGAUAUCAUACUGGCAGGGACGCAAAGAGGAAAUGUGGUUCUAAUUGACCACAAAAACGGCAGAAAUAAUAUUAUUCUUAACGUCCAUAGAAGUGCAUUAAUUAAAUUUACACUGAAUAGUGAUGAAACCAAAAUGUAUUCAGUAGAGAGUGAACAAAAAAGAAAAAUCACGACUACUAACUCUCUAAGAGCAAGAAAAAUUCAUUUAACAUCCUACUCUUUGGGAAAAACCCACUUCUUGUAAACGAAAUUAUUUUUAUCUACAUAUUUUGAUAUAUAUAAUAACAAAACCUAUUGUAUUUUCAGGGGUUAUAAAUUUUUUUUAAAUUAAUCAAUUUUUACUUCUCAAUUGGGAUUUUUAUAUUUCAAAAAAAAAAUUUAAAAAGAGUUAAAAGCUAUUUGCUAGGUAAAGAGAGGAUAAGUUUCCAAAACUAGCUUUAAAGCGGAAAAUCCAAAAUAAUGCAAUGAUCCUUAACUUUUCUCCUCAAAACCAAUUAUUAAUAAAAUCCAAAGACAGCCUUAAAUUAUUUGACUUCAAAAAAAAUGAAGAGCAUUUCAUUAACACUUCUGAAGGUAUAAAUGCCGUCAUCUGCAAAAAUGAUAAAAUAAUCAUUUCUCAGCUAUCAAGAAUCGUCGUAUUAGAUCCUCAAUUUCCACCCCUCCAAAUGGAAGAUCCUGACAAUGAUAUUCCAAUGACUUUAAUUUCUAAUCAAGCCGGCACCAUCCUCUUCACAGGAAGCAAGCAAAAAAUAAAAAUUUGGGAACUUGAUACUUUAACAGUCACUGCCAAUUGGAAAGCCCAUGAAGACAUCGUCUCCUCUUUUGUGCUCGCUAAGCAAGAAACCAAGCUUAUAUCAGGAAGCUAUGAUAAUAUUAUAAAAGUAUGGGAUAUAGAGACAGGGAAUUUAGAUCUCCAAAUUAAAGGGCAUCAAGGUGAUAUUAACUGUCUUCAGAUCACGAAAGACGAAAAACUGCUGCUUUCUUCCAGCUCUGAUAAGACAAUUAGGGUGUGGAACUGGGAAAGGAAUAUUUUGGUUAACACUAUAAAUACAACGGCUCCUCUGGUAGGGAUUUAUUUGACAGAUGACGAAAAACAUUUGAUUUCUUCGACAACAGAUGGAAAAAUCACGUACUGGAGCAUGAAAAGCUAUACAAGGGUGUUUUAUAACCAAGUCCAUGACAAAAUGAAACAGUUUAUAGCGUCACCUAAUGGGCAUUAUUUGGCUUAUGCUGUCGCUGAUAAUGACUGCUAUAUAGUCGAAAACCCUCUUUUCUCCAAAGAAAUGGCUGUAUCUGGACCUACAGAAGGCUAUUAUCAGUUUUUGAUCUAUCUCAAGCAUAUAAUUCUAAAGACAGAUAUCCCAGAGCACAGGCCAGAAAUGGACGACUGGAUUAUCCUCCCCCACUUUUUGGCUGCUCAGCACUAUUAUGCCUAUUCAAGCCUUUUUAUCCACCUUAAAAGGUCGUUAGUUGAAGAAUUCAGAUACGUCGAGUCCACCUUUGGCCAAACUCCCUUAUCAAUUACUAUGGAUAAAGAGUAUAGGGACUGCAGAAAUCUCAUUGUGAAAUCUAUGAUAAAAACCUAUGUAGAAAACCCUUACUCUUUAUCAUGCCUUACUAAAGAGUGCUUAAUUGAUUUGAAUUCUGAAGGAUUCAGAGCUUUAUUGAAACUCUAUGAUUUGAUUUUUAGAAGAUGCCAAGGGUAUAACUUGCCGACUUAUGUGCCUGAGAAGGUACCACUGCCGACAUUUUAUCAUAGUGAUGAAAUAGUCCCUCUUAAAGAAAACUUUAUUGUUGAGACUCCAGCUCAGCUAGAUGCGAAUGGGAAUCCAAUCGGUGGCUAUAUAGAUGAUAAAGAUAUAUAUUUCAUGCAUUGUUUAGUUCCUUUAAAUUUAGUGAUUGGAAGCCAAGAAAGUCUAGAUUUCCUUAGAAGUCUUUUAGAUUCUCCAAUACAAGAUAUCUUCAGGGCAGAGCUAGUCCAAAGGAUUUUAGAAGAGAAAUGGAACCAAGUCAGAUGGUAUAUGUAUCCUCAAGGGCUUCUUUACUUAUUAUACUUGAUCCUAUUCAACGUCUACGUCAUUUUCUUCCAAGAUAACUCUGCAUUUAUUACCGCUCCCUUCGUAUUAAGCAUUAUUCUAUCUUCAUACGAAGCAUACCAAGCCUUUUCUGCUCCAUUAUCCUAUUUAGAAGAUCUCUGGAACUACCUCGAUCUCUCCAGAGGAGCUCUUAUGAUUAUUUACACCAUCAUGGUCUGGUCUAACACUGACCCUCAUUCUGAUGCCUAUACAAUCGUAAUCACCUUGGCCAUUUUCGCAAGUUGGAUCAGAGGAAUCACCUAUUUCCGCCUUUACCCUCCUACCCGUUACAUGAUAAGUCUCAUCACUGAGGUCCUCCAAGACAUGUUUUCCUUCAUGAUUUUACUAUUCUACUCCACCCUUGCUUUUUCCUUUAUUUUCCUCAUAACUGAGCGUGACGACCAGACAAGUUUCCUUACCUACAUCGCCAAUUCUUAUCUAUUUAACCUUGGGGAGUCCAAUUCUGACGGUCUUAACACGAUACAAGCCGUCACUUUCUUAAUUACGACCCUUAUCAACGUUAUUGUAAUGAUGAAUUUACUAGUCUCCAUCCUUGGUGACACCUUUGACAAAGUCCAAGAAAACCUAGAAGUCGCUGAUUUUACAGCUUUGGCUGAAAUGAUUUUGGAAAUCGAGACUUUACUGUUUUGGAAAAGAGGGAUAAAACAGCUUGCGUACUUCCAGCUAUGUGCAGAAGACGCUAUUAAAGGUGGAGAAGACUGGGCAGGAAAGGUCAGAGAACUGAAAUUGCUAGUUAAAUUAAUGCAAGACGGGCAAACUAAAGCUAUUCAGUCAUCAGUUGAAGACCAUAAAAGCUUGAAGCAGCAAGCUGGCAAGGCUCAAAAAGCUAUUACGGAAAGGACCAAAGAUUUGGUAGAGUCCUUGCAGUCUUUAAAGAAAGUCCAGGCAGAAUUCUUUACUUAA